AAUGAAUUAUUAUGAAUUAUUAGGGGUAGAUGAUAAAUGUUCACCUGAAAACAUAAGGAAAGCAUUUCUUAAUAAAAUUAGAUUUUGUCAUCCAGAUAAAAAUGGAGAUGCUAAAGAAGCUUAAUCUUUAAUAGAAGCAUACAAAGUAUUAAUGAAUUGUAGAGAAGAAUAUAAUUAAUCAUUAAGAUCUCAAUUUAAAUACUGUUUUGAUAUAAUGACAGUGAAAUGUAAUUAUGUUGAAUAUGAAUGUGAAUAAUGUGGAGAAGAAAAUCAAAUUGAAUUAAAUAGUUAAACUAAUGUGAUAGUUGAAUGUAGAAGUUGUAAUUUGAAGUUAUAAAUAUUCUAAUAGUGA